AUGAAAAUUCCAUUUAGCAACAGUGGUACUGAAAUGGUACCGUGUCAUAUCGAAACCGAUCAGCUCUGGUAUGAUUCGUAUCAGGAGCAGGCUGCAGGAUGUGGUCAAUACUAUACCAUCACGCCACCUCCAACGCAGCCCAUGUUGCCAGGGCAAGAGGCCCCUUUUCUAGGGUUUAGACCUCCAGCGAGCGCCAAGCAGCUCGGGCAAGCCCUGGGUCCCACCAGCCCGGGCAAGACCAAGGGCAGAUCUUGCCUGGGCUUUAGCCCAAAGGCGAUGACGUCACAUUGA